GUGAAACUCAUACCCUUAGUCAGUCUGCACGGAGAGACUGCAGGAAAAGCAACAACUGCUGUCAACAAGAACAACAGCAAGGCACCCUAACCACAUCUCAGCCAGGUGUUCUCUCCACUGCCUCCAAGAAACAGCACUUCCAUGAUUUACAGCUAAGGCCCAUUGAGAUUCUAGACUCUGAAAGACUGCUGAGGAUGAAUAUCUUUGGUCGGCAUUCAAAAACGCUGGUCCCCCUGGCACUCUUAGCCUUGGCAUAUCAGUUCAUCAGCCAGGCACAGGGUCAAGUGGCACCACCUACAAGACUAAAAUUUAAUGUACUGUCCGAGGACAGUGCACAGAUUUCAUGGAAAGCCCCCAAGGGAAAAUUCCGAGGUUAUCGACUAGUUGUAACUCCACUGCCAGGAGGGAAAAAAAGUCAAAUGACCCUGCAGAAAAAUGAAACCACAGCUAUUAUCAAAAGUCUUGCAGAGAACACAGAGUACCUGAUAGAAAUCAUUGCUACAGGUGACAAAAAACAGCAAAGUGCUCCUGCACAAGGAACAUUUAAAUUCAGUGGAUCCAAACACAUUGGGAAAGAACCAGCUUCAGAGAACAAGAAAGACUCAACUAAUCCAAAUGAGAUAAGUGAAAACUUAAUAACAGAAGAUGGACAGUUUGUUUGCAAGACUUCUGCAAUUGCAGAUAUUGUCAUUCUGGUGGAUGGUUCCUGGAGUAUUGGCAGGCUUAACUUCAAGCUGGUCCGAACAUUCCUUGAAAAUCUUGUCAGUGCAUUCACUGUGAGCUCAGAUCAAAUCCGAAUAGGUCUUGCUCAGUACAGUGCUGAUCCAAGAACAGAAUGGCAUCUUAACACAUUCAGUACUAAAGAAGCUCUGUUGGAUGCAGUCCGCAACCUUCCAUACAAGGGUGGAAACACACUCACAGGAUAUGCUCUGACAUAUAUUCUGAAACAUAGCUUCAAACCUGAAGCUGGAGCCAGACCUGGAGUGCCAAAAAUUGGUAUACUGGUUACAGAUGGGAAAUCUCAGGAUGAUGUCAUACCUCCUGCCAAGAGCUUACGCGAUGCUGGCAUUGAACUCUUUGCUAUUGGUGUGAAAAAUGCAGACUUAAACGAACUCAAGGAAAUUGCCUCAGACCCUGAUGAAAGCCAUGUCUACAAUGUUGCUGAUUUUAGUAUCAUGAAUUCCAUCGUAGAAGGCUUAACGAAGACUGUAUGCACUAGAGUUGAAGAACAGGAAAAAGAAAUCCAAGGUACUAAUACUAAUGUUGGCACUGCUGUGGGAUCACCUGCAAACAUUACAACGUCUGAGGUAACAGCAAGAUCGUUUCGUGUCACCUGGACACAUGCACCUGGUAAUGUUGAAAAGUAUCGAGUUGUGUACUAUCCCACCAGAGGAGGACAGCCAGAAGAGGUUGUGGUGGAUGGGACCCAGUCAACUGUAAUGUUAAAGAACUUGAUGUCACUGACAGAAUAUCAGAUUGCUGUAUUUGCUGUUUAUGCCAAUGCAGCCAGUGAGGGUCUUCGAGGCACUGAAACAACACUUGCCCUUCCAGCUGCAUCAGACCUCCUGUUGUAUGAUGUUACUCACAACAGUAUGAGGGCCAAGUGGAACGAAGCAGCAGGGGCCACAGGUUACAUGAUCCUCUAUGCACCACUUUCAGAUGGAGAGAUCGCAGACGAGAAAGAGGUCAAAGUACCAGAAUCAAUAACAGAUAUUGAAUUGGAAGGACUGUUGCCAAACACAGAGUACACGGUUACAAUCUAUUCCAUGUAUGGGGAAGAAGCUAGCGAUCCACUUACGGGGCAGGAAAUGACACUACCUUUGACUCCACCACAGAAUAUGAGGUUUUCUAAUGUUGAGCACAGUAGUGCCAGAGUCACAUGGGAUGCAGCCUCGAAAAAACUGAAAGGCUAUCAUAUUUCAUAUGCAAAUAGUGAUGGAAGCUUUACUAAUGAGGUCGAUGUUGAUCCAGUUACUACAUACCUUCUCAGAAAUCUGCAGUCCCUUACAGAAUACUCAGUUGCUAUCUCAUCCAUUUUUGAGGAAGGCCAAUCUGAGCCACUCACAGGAAGUUUUAUUACAAACAAGGUACCUAGCCCUCUAAAACUGCAAGUCAGUGAUGUAACAGAGAACAGCUUUCGUGUCAGCUGGCAACAUGCAGCAAAUGACAUAGCAUUAUAUAAACUAUUAUGGAUUGCUCGCAGUGGUGGGAAAGAAAAAGAGGUUGUUUUAAAUGGGAAUGACAACAGCUACAUCAUUGAUGGUUUAACACAUAGUAAUGAAUAUGAAGUUACUCUGACAGCAAUUUUUAAUGAUGAAACCGAAAGUGAUGCAGCUAAAGUUCUUGCAACUACACUUGCAAGAACAACCACAGUGGCAACUGCAACCAUGUCAACUACAAAACCCACCACAGUAGUUGUUCGAUAUGGUAUAAGAGGCCUGAGAGUAAGUGAUGAAUCAAUAUCCAGUCUACGUGUGAACUGGGAUAGCCCAGACCAUAAUGUGCACCAUUAUAGAGUAUCGUAUGUGAGUGCAAGGGGUGAUCGAGCAGAGGAAAGGACAACGGUGCCAGGAAAGCAAAACUAUCUCUUUCUUCAGCCUCUGCUGCCAGACACUGUUUACAAGAUCACCAUUACACCUGUCUACGCUGAUGGUGAAGGAACUAGUGUUUCUGCUGUUGGACGUACCUUGCCUCUUUCUGCUCCAAGAAACUUGCGAAUUUCAGAUGAAUGGUACAACAGAUUUCGACUUUCCUGGGAUCCUCCACCAUCCCCUACUGUGGGUUAUAGGGUUGUGUACAAACCAGUUUCUGUUCCUGGUCCUGCACUUGAAACUUUUGUAGGAGAUGAUGUUAAUACCAUUCUAAUAGUCAACCUCCUCAGCGGUACACAAUACAAUGUUAAAGUGUUUGCCGCAUACUCAUCUGGGUCCAGCGAUGCCUUAACAGGAACUUCUAGAACAUUAUACUUGGGAGUAAGAAACCUGGAUACACAUCAAGUGCGAAUGACCAGCAUGUGUGCUGAGUGGCAGCUUCAUCAGCAUGCAAGCAGUUACAGAGUCGUUAUAGAGUCUCUUGCAGAUGGCAAGAAGAAGGAAGUUACUAUUGGAGGAGGGACAUCCGAAUAUUGCUUUUAUGAGCUCAGUCCAAAUACGAAGUAUAAAAUGAGUGUCUUUUCCCAGCUUCAAGACUUCGAAGGGCCUGCUGUCAGUAUUAUAGAAAGCACAUUAAUGGUUCCAACACAGCCACCAACAACCCCUCCUACAACACCAUUCCCAUCAACAAUUCCUCCUGCUAAAGAAGUAUGCAAAGCUGCCAAGGCAGACCUUGUUUUCCUGGUGGAUGGAUCGUGGAGUAUAGGUGAUGACAACUUUCACAAAGUCAUCCGUUUUCUGUAUAGCACAGUGGGAGCUCUAGACAAAAUAGGUCCAGAUGGAACUCAAGUUGCUAUAGCUCAGUACAGUGAUGAUCCCAGAACCGAAUUUAAACUCAACACGUAUGCUAAUAAGGAAACACUGCUUGAAGCUAUUCAACGGAUUGGAUAUAAGGGAGGGAACACCAAAACAGGAAGAGCAAUAAAACAUGUUAAAGAUGUCAUGUUUACAUAUGAAUCUGGACUGAGGAAAGGGAUUCCAAAAGUCUUAGUGGUGAUUACUGAUGGGCGAUCACAAGACGAUGUCGACAAAGUUUCCAAAGAAAUGCAACUCGAAGGCUAUAGCAGUUUUGCUAUUGGCAUCUCAGAUGCAGAUUAUGCAGAGCUGGUAAGCAUAGCAAGCAAGCCUAGUGAGAGGCAUGUGUUCUUUGUGGAUGACUUUGAUGCCUUCAAGAAGAUCGAAGAUGAACUGAUCACCUUUGUCUGUGAAACUGCAUCUGCAACAUGUCCACUGGUGGUCAUGGAUGGCAACAGUCUAGCAGGAUUUAAAAUGAUGGAGAUAUUUGGACUGGUUGAGAAAGAAUAUUCUUUGGUUGAUGGAGUUUCCAUGGAGCCAGGGACCUUCAAUAGCUAUACCUGUUAUCGACUUCAUAAGGAUGCCAUGCUUUCACAACCAACCAAAUAUAUUCACCCUGAGGGAUUGCCUUCUGACUAUACCAUCUCCUUCCUUUUCCGCCUGCUGCCUGAAACACCACAAGAGCCCUUUGCUCUCUGGGAGAUUCUAAAUAAGGCAUAUGAACCAUUGGUUGGAAUCAUCUUGGACAAUGGUGGCAAAACUCUCACAUUCUUUAACUACGACUAUAAAGGAGAUUUCCAGACUGUCACGUUUGAAGAACCUGAAAUGAAGGCACUUUUUCAUGGAAGCUUCCAUAAGCUUCAUGUAAUUAUAAGCAAAACAACCGCAAAAGUAGUCAUUGACUGCAAGCCAGUAGGUGAAAAGGAAAUUAAUGCUGCAGGGAACAUCACUAUUGAUGGUGUUGAAAUGCUUGGGAGAAUGGUGCGCUCAAGGGGCCAAAGGGACAGCUCUGCACCGUUUCAGCUACAGAAGUUUGAUAUUGCAUGCACAACAUCAUGGGCAAAUAAAGACAAAUGCUGUGAACUUCCAGGCUUGAGAAAAGAAGAAAACUGCCCAGCUUUGCCUCAUGCCUGCUCUUGCAAUGAAGAUAGCAAAGGACCUGCAGGACCUCCUGGACCACCGGGUGGUCCAGGUAUACGAGGGCCAAGGGGAGAGAGAGGAGAUGCAGGUCCACCAGGACCGGAAGGACCACGUGGUGAUAAUGGCCCUCAAGGACCUACAGGACCACCAGGUCCUCAGGGUCCAAGUGGACAUUCCAUUCAGGGACCUCCAGGGUUAUCAGGAGAAAAGGGCGAAAAAGGUGAUAAUGGACCACCUGGUAUUCAGGGCAUUCCAGGAGCACCAGGCUCAGCAGGACGAGAUGGCACACCAGGUCCAAGGGGUCUACCUGGUAAAGAUGGUGAAACAGGUCCACAGGGGUCACCAGGUCCAAUUGGUGUCCCUGGGGCUCCAGGAUCUCCAGGUUCUUCUGGAACGACAGGGCCACAGGGUGAUCUUGGGCCACCUGGUCCUCCAGGUACAAAAGGAGAUAAGGGAGAAAGAGGAGAUGUACAGUCCCAGGCUAUGGUGCGUUCUUUAGCACGACAAGUAUGUGAGCAGCUAAUUCAGAGUCACAUGGCACGGUAUAAUUCACUCCUGAAUCAGGCACCAAGUCAGCCUGUCGCAGUUCGAGCCAUACCUGGUCCCCGAGGUGAACCAGGACGACCAGGAGCACAGGGUCGCCAAGGAGAACAAGGACCAACCGGAAGACCAGGAUUCCCAGGAAAUCCGGGCAUUCCAGGCACACCUGGUGCACGAG